AUGUCGUCGCAUAAUAGUUUCCAUGGCGCCGACGCUGGGCGUGAGCACUCGCUCCUGCUAGUAUUGCAAGCCACGGUGAAGAACUCACUGUGGCACUUGGCCUUCUUCCCCGCGCUGCGGCCCAGUUCGCACAUUGUGUCAGCUGUCAAAGCGCAUUCCUCGACGUCGUCAGCAGCGGCGGAUAACAGCGUGGUUGUCUGUGCCCUUCACAGCCUGGCGUUGUUGGAGGCUGCGGGUUACACGGAGGCUGGCCACACGGCUCGGCGGCUGUGGCGAGCGCACACCUCUGUCUCAGCAUUUUCUCCAUCUCAACACCUCAUGUCCACGGAGCAGUGGAGCUGGGUCGACAAGCUGCGCGUCACGGUGCUUCAUCAUGCAGAGGUUCUCUCCUCCACACUCGGCAGCGGAGGAGGUGUACUGGCCACUGUGCUGGCAGAGGUGCAGCAGUUGAAUAAGCAGGAUAAACAGAUGACGGCGUGCGACACACUCUUUUCGGAGCUGACUCACGACUACCUCGAGCACAUCGCAGCCGCGACCUCGUCGGUGAGCACAAUACACGCGUCUAAGCCGGCUGCUUCAACAGAAUCGCAACUUGGAGUCCCGCGGCGCCGCACAACUUCGAUCUUCCAGUACGAAGCUCUGCCCUCACAGGCAGCGGCGGCGGCGACAUCGGAGCUGUCGGCGGCUGCGGUGCGGCAGCAACGGCAGUGGUACGAAGCACGCCUGUACGCCGCUGUUGCGUGUAGCACAAGCAUCUCGGUCCCUGGACCGCUAGCAAGACUCCUUGUUGCCUACGCCCAUCAAGGCGAUCAUCGACUGCAAGUUGCAGCAGGCGCGAACCUCGAGUGCUACAUUGGUGGAGAUCAUAAUGGCAAAAGGACGAAGGAGGGGGGCAACGCAGCCUCAGUCACGAGCGUGGCCCCCGAUACUGCGGCUGCAGCCCUUGCUCGAGUGCGCCUCAGCGGCGUGGUGGCUGGUGUCGUGGAGUAUGCACUGUGCGUGGCUCGGGUGCGCACCGCCGUCGCGGUGGCCGAACUUCGUGCCUCCGCCUCCGCUGUGCACGCGUCACCGGACCAGCCUCCGCCGUGCACGGCGACGGCGUCGUGUGCCGCCGCCCAUGUGCCUCAGAGUGCUGCCCUGCUACUCAGCCUCAUAACGGAAGAGUGCAGCUACUAUCAGCAAACAGCGCCGGCCGGUACCGGCGGCAGGGAGGUGGGGGUCACCGCAGCGGUGCUGCACGCCGUGCAAGAGCUGCUCUUCACAAUUGUUCUUGGGAGCGGCACGCAGGACAUGCGCAACAGGCCUGAGCCGCCAGCCCCGCCGAAGAGGCCAGGCGCAGAUGGAGGCGGUGGCGCCAGCGUGACGCCAGCGGUGAUGGCAAUGUCAACCACCCGCGGCGUGACACUGCCGGAGGCGGAUGCCAUCUCGGAGGAGUUUUUCCCUGCCCUCGUGCAGCAGCUCGGUAUGGAGUGGGUGUGGUCGCCGCUGCUGCGGCACUUGUCGAGCCUAAACAAGCUCCAGGUGUCCGAAGAGGCAGUCGACGCGCGAGCAGGCUCGGCGCCCGCGUCAUUUCUGAGCGUGCGGUGGAGCAGCCACGUCCUCAUGGACACCAUUCUUCUGUCCCUCGCCCGAAAGACGUAUCCGCAGCGUCUCCUAAACAUUCUUCCCGGCAGCUACGAGCGUCUACUCAGCAGCCUAGAUGUACUGCCCCGAAUGCAUCCGCAGGGCGACGACGGUGGCGAUGCCGGCAAGGAUGACGCGGCGCGCCGUGCGAGUGGUCCGUUGCUGUUCGACAUGCCCGCCUACUACGCUGAGCCGGCAUCUGCGUUGGUUGCGUACUUUCAGCGCGCCGGCGUGUCUGGGUUGCGAAUAGAAGAAACGGAGCGCAUCCUAACGACUGCCACAAGUAUACAUGCAAUGGUCGUGCGACUCAGAGCACAGGCGCCCUCGAGGCAUGACGUGGGCGGGCGCGAGGACGGCGCCGAUGAUGGAAGUGACGAAGAGCUGGACGGCAACGGUAACAGCCGCGUUGCCUCUUUUUACCACCAUAAUAAAAGGAGAGCCACGACGCACGCCUACGCGCUGACACACGAGCGUGUUCAGCAUCUUAUCACGCGCUAUCAGGGUGAGGUGCUCCUUGCCGCUGUCGUUGUGCACACCCAGUUGCGCGUGCCGAGCCAUGUGCAGCAACUGAUGCGCGUGCUUGCGCCGCUAUUCUUGAAGAUACACCUGGCAUGGCGCACCCAUCACGACGGCAGCAGUGCCUCCUGGCUACUUCAACCUCGCACAAACCCCAGCGUGACAGGUAGGGGACCCAGCGCCGCGCGCUUCAGCGCAGAAGCGGCGGUGCUGCUGGAUGAAGUGGGGUACGAGUUUUAUCCCCUCGAGUGGUUGCCCGCUGCGUUGGCCGCAAGCACCGCAACAAGCGACUCAUCUGUCGAGCGCCUCGCCUUCCCCUACUCUCUGUUGGCCGCUGUAGGUCACCAGUUUCAGCUCCAACUCCGCGGCACCCCACUGGGGAGCAGCGGAGACGUCACCCUUCGCCACCCCGCUGGUCCUCGGACGUCCGCCGUGAUGCCGUCGGUAGGCGGAGCGGCUCUCAUUGCCAGCUGCAGAGGUGCGGACGAGGAGGAGACGAAGACCACUGCCGCGGCGUGGCGCAGGACCGAGCGCUUUGUGGCGGGGCUCAUGCAACUCUGCUACCUCGACCCCAAAACAUCCUCGACAGAGCUAGAGGGGACGCUGGCGGUGUCGUCUACCAGACGCGUCUUGACAACGAGCGGCGGAAGUGCCACGCUGAGUUCUAGUGGCGGCGGUAACUCAGCCCUUGGCGUUUGUGGCAGUGGGGCGAGCGUGAUUGCAGCGGCCGAUGUCGCAUCACACCGUCUAUGCUCCCUGCUGCUGCAGCCGGCGGUGAUGGACGCCAUGUGGGGCUCAAUGGAGAACACUGCUAUCGCCAAGGGAAACGGGGCGUUGCAGCGUUACGCCGAGCGGCGCGAGAAGCGGCCACGGUCGGUGUCCGCCUCAGCAGAGACACAAGAGCACCUUCGAUCGAUGCAGCAGCUGCUGCAGGAGUACGGUGCCGCCUCCUUCGACACAACGGUGGAAGCCGCAGACUUUGCCCUCAUGAUUGCACAGGCCUUUCUGCCUCUCUCUGCCGGCACAAGUGCAUUGCUUUCCUCCGCAUCAGGCAAAACUGGCCCGGUCGCCUCGGCAGGGAAGAAGAGCGAGGCGCUUCUGCGUGCUGGACUGGAGUGGGGUGGCGCGGUGGUGGGACACCCUGCCACCAAGACGAGGGUGCACAUGCAACUUCAGCAGCAGCAGAAGGCAGGUGCCUCAUCGUUUUCGGCGGCGCUUGCGCACGUGUACAACAGCGCCACGGUAGACACGGCGUGGCUCGCGCGGAGCGCACUGCGGUAUGUCCCACAGCGCAUCUGGGAGAAAAUGUGCGCCCAUCGAGCCGAAAGGCUUGCCCUGGUUCAUCGGCACAACAAGUGGGUCUCACGCCUCCUCGGAAAUUCGCCCGCCGCUUCGGAAGCGAAGCAAUGCGACCUUGGCGAUCCCCACCGCAUCGACCCGCUUCUGGUGGAGCAGUGGACACAGUGGGAACGUGUGUUGGAGCAGCUGGGGCUCUCGGGGCACCUUGGAGGCGAUUCAGCCACGACGGCAAGCGCGAUGCCUCACCUAUCAUCGUUCUCAGCAGAGGAUAUCACAUGUGCACAGUGGCUGUGGUACUCGCCGUACUUUGCGGCAGAGAUGGCGCUCUAA